AUGUACACUCGAGGACAUCGACACCACACCUCACCACACCACCAACACCACACCACCAACACCACACCACCAACACCACACAACCAACACCACAUCACUAACACCAGACCACCAACACCACACCACCAACACCACAACACCACACCACUAACACCACCAACACCACACGACCAACACCACACCACCAACACCAUACCACCAACACCACACCACCAACACCACACCACUAACACCAGACCACCAACACCACAUCACCAACACCACACCACCAACACCACACCACACCACCAACACCACAUCACCAACACCACCCCUACAACACCACACCACCUAUACCACUCCACCUCACGAUUUCCGUGA